AAUUGAGAAUACAAUCAUAAAGAACAUUGAAUACUUGUCUACUUGCUUCAGCCCAGAAAUACUCUUCCUUUGUUUUGUCUAUGAAGAACAAAUAGAACAAAAUUCCUCCUCUAAACCCUAGAAGAUUUUGAUCUAUUAUGGCUAUGGAAGAAUCGGUAAUUGCCGUUGAUUUACUCCCGGAUUCUUCACCGUCUGAUCACACCGACUCUUCUUCUUCUUCACCGUUUGAUCUGACUUCUUCCACCAGACUAAACGCGUUGGCGCCGGCAUUCGUUCCACGGAGCUCAUCGACUUCGUCUUUGUCAUCGUCGUCGCCGUCGAUUUCUCCUUCACCGUCACUGACUGAUUUGAAUCAGGCUGGUUUUCAUCCGGUUCGGAACCAUUUUGUAUAUGCUCCUCAGUUACCGGUUCAAUAUCCAUCACCGUUUUAUGGAGGUGGUGCACAAGAGGUUGUUGCUAGUGCAGCUGAUUUAGAUCAUGCUAGUGUUAGUAAACAUGGAGGGUUAACUGAUGAAGCUACUCAAAAGAUUGUUAAUCAAGUCGAGUUCUAUUUCAGUGAUUUAAAUUUGGCAACAACUGAUCAUUUAAUCAAACAUAUGCUCAAGGAUCAGGAAGGAUAUGUACCAAUAUCUGUGGUUGCGUUGUUCAAGAAGAUUAAAGCUCUUGUACGUAGUCAUGCACAGCUUGCUCAAGUUCUGCGGAUCUCUACAAAGCUUGUAGUUAGUGAAGAUGGAAUGAAGGUUAAACGCAAAAUUCCUUUGACCGAAACCGACUUGGAAGAGUUGCAAUCUCGAAUAGUGAUUGCUGAAAAUUUGCCCGAGGAUCACUGCCAUCAGAAUCUCAUGAAGAUUUUCUCAGCAGUUGGAAGCGUUAAAAUGAUACGCACUUGCUUACCUCAGUCUUCCAAUGGUGGGGCAUCUUCAGGAUCUAGAACAACAAAGUCAGACAGUAUGCUUCACAGCAACAAGUUACACACAUUUGUGGAAUACGAAACCGUCGAAUUGGCCGAGAGGGCGGUUGUAGAAUUAAAUGAUGACAACUGGAGAAAUGCUCUGAAAGUCCGGUCACUUCUUAGAAGCACAGAAAAAUCUGGUCAAGCUCAAGGGAAAAAAGCUGGUCAUGAAAGUGAACACAAUUUCAAGGGGGAUGAUGGUUUUACAUUAGAGGUCAACGAGAAGCUUAAUGAAGAGUCACGCCACCAUAUUGAUGCUAAAUCCAAUGAGCUUGCAGAGGAGCAUGGCAGUGAUGGGCAGAAGCGUGAUCAUGUUCGUGGUCGUGGUCGGGGUAAGGGACAGGGUCGGAGACGUGGACGUCCCCAGUUCCAUCAAAAUAAUCGUGGAGUUCACUUAGGAGCUCCUAUAUCAAACUUAAAUCGUGGAAGCAAUGUGGGAAAUGCCCCCUCAAAUAUCAAUCGUGUUGGUCUAGGGCAGCAUAAUUUUGAGCAGUCAGCAGCAGCCAAGCAAUCUUCUGUACCUCGUAUGCCGGAUGGCACUAAGGGAUUCUCCAUGGGUCGAGGCAAAUCAAUGGCUAUUAUAACCACAUGAUAACUUCCUACUUUCUUGAAAUUGGCGUGGAUGAGAGGAUAAUGUCGUGUUCGCAUGAUGAUGGCAAGCUGGUACUAUGGUUGAUUUGGCCUUUUUGAGUUUAUAAGUUCAUAUCUAUUUUGUGUUUUUUACUAAAUCAAAUGAACCUUGCAAGAAAGCUGUGUUUUUGUUGUGUAUUCUUCACCAGAGAUCCUUGGAUGUAAAAAUGAAACAGUACAGGAUUAACAAAAAGCUUAUAUAUAUAGAAAUAGUUGAGAAUUAUACAA